AUGGAUAGUCCACGAAACAUCACAGAAUUUUUCAUGCUGGGACUCUCGCAAAACUCCGACGUACAGAGAGUUUUAUUUGUGUUCUUUCUGAUUGUCUACCUUGUCUCUGUUGGGGGUAACCUACUUAUCAUGAUCACCGUUAUCUUCAGUCCCACCUUGGACUCUCCUAUGUACUUUUUCCUCUCAUGUUUGUCCUUUAUUGAUACUUGCUAUUCCUCUUGUAUGACCCCCAAGCUCAUUGUGGACUCCUUGUAUGAGGGGAGAGCCAUCUCUUUUGAAUGAUGUCUGAUUCAAUUCUUUGUUGCCCAUUUAUUGGGAGGAACUGAAAUCAUCCUGCUCACGGUCAUGGCCUAUGACCGCUACGUGGCCAUCUGCAAGCCCCUGCACUACACGACCAUCAUGACCAGGCAUCUCUGUGCCCUGCUGGUGGGGGUGGCUUGGCUUGGGGGCUUCCUGCAUUCACUGGUCCAGCUCCUCCUGGUCCUUCAGCUGCCCUUCUGUGGGCCUAAUGUGAUCAAUCACUUUGUCUGUGACCUGUACCCCUUGCUGGAACUCGCCUGCACCAACACAUACGUCAUUGGCGUGCUGGUGGUGGCCAACAGCGGUGUGAUCUGCCUGCUGAACUUCCUCAUGCUGGUUGCCUCCUACGUUGUCAUCCUGCACUCCUUGAGGCACCAUGGCGCCGAGGGGAGACGCAAAGCCCUCUCCACCUGUGGGGCCCACUUCACUGUAGUUGCCCUGUUCUUUGUGCCUUGUAUAUUUAUUUACAUGCGGCCAUCAUCUACUUUGUCCAUAGAUAAAAUAGUGGCUGUGUUUUAUUGUAUUUUGACACCCAUGUUCAAUCCCCUGAUUUAUACACUGAGAAAUGCAGAGGUGAAAAAUGCCAUGAAAAAUCUAUGGAAAAAAUGA